CACACCCCCAUGUACUUCUUCCUCCUCAACCUCUCCCUCCUCGACCUUGGCUCCAUCUCCACCACUGUGCCCAAAGCCAUGGCCAAUUCCCUGUGGGACACCAGGGCCAUUUCCUACUCAGGAUGUGCUGCCCAGGUCUUCCUGUUUAUCUUUUCAGUUGGAGCUGAGUGUUCUCUCCUCACAGUCAUGGCCUAUGACCGCUUCAUUGCCAUCUGCAGACCCCUGCACUACGGGACCCUCAUGGGCAGCAGCACUUGUGUCAAAAUGGCAGCAGCUGUCUGGGGCAGUGGUUUUGUCAACGCUCUCCUGCACACUGCUAUUAUCUUUUCAAUACCACUCUGCCAAGGCAAUGCAGUAGAGCAAUUCUUCUGUGAGAUUCCCCAGAUCCUCAAGCUCUCCUGCUCAGACUCCUACCUCAGGGAACUUGGGCUUAUUGUGUUUAUCGCCUGUUUAUUCCUUGGAUGUUUCAUUUUCAUUGUGCUGUCCUAUAUGCAGAUCUUCACUGCUGUGCUGAGGAUCCCCUCUGAGCAGGGCCGGCACAAAGCCUUUUCCAUGUGCCUCCCGCACCUGGCCGUGGUCUCCCUGUUCAUCAGCACUGGCAUGUUUGCCUACCUGAAGCCCCCCUCUGUCUCCUCCCCAGCUCUGGAUCUGCUCCUGGCUGUUCUGUACUCGGUGGUGCCUCCAGCAGUGAACCCCCUCAUCUACAGCAUGAGGAACAAGGAGCUCAAGGAUGCCUUGAGGAAACUGAUUCAAUGGGUAUGA